AUUUAAUUUAUAGUUAUUUUGUUAAUAUAAGCACUACAGUGUAUUCAAAUUGUAGGACUAAAUUGUAAAACAAACUAAAGUAGUCUAAGCAAACAAAAUGUCAGAAAUGCUUAAGAAUUUGAACAGAGAAUCACAAAACUCUGAAAAUAGGGUCUCUGUUGAGGAUCAGCUAAAAGUGUAUGAAUUAUGUAAAACACAUUUAAGCGGUCAUUGGAGUGAUGUUAGUGCCGAUCAACUGGUCAUCAAACGCGUUACGGGCGGAUUUAUAAACAAAUCAUAUUGCUGCAGUUUGCCGCAAAUUGCACAAACCGGUCAUGAUAAAGUGUUCAUCAGAUUAAACGUGGACUGUCCUGAUAAAUUUUUUGAUAAGACACACGAAUUGGUUGCAAAUAUAUUUGCAUCGCAAACAGAUAUAUCACCAAAAAUAUUAGGCAUAUUUGAGAAUGGAUUCAUUGCUGAAUAUAUUGACUGCCAUUAUUUCACUGCCGAGGAUGACCUGAACCCUAGAUGUGUGGCACUGUUAGCCAAAAAGAUGGCAAAAAUGCAUUCACUAGACGUACCCAUAGCUAAGGACAGCCACCAGUUCCUUAUGAAAAACUAUUGGGAUUUGUUUGCGGCCCCGAUAUUCGAGUCCUACAAAAAGGGACACAUCUAUGAAGAGAUCCAAAGACACAAAUUGCAGACAUUUAUGGAAAUGGAUUUAUGCGAUGAGAUGUCGUGGGCUAUGGAGGUGUCGGUAGGUUUGGGAGGGCCGGUAGUCUUCACGCACAACGAUCUCAUGCGUCGUAAUAUAUUAGUCCGCAAUACGUGUCAUACAAAUGCCGACGAUUUGAAUGUCUUUAUAGUGGACUACGACUGGAAUUGUUAUAUGUUUAGGGGCGCAGACUUUGCCGACUAUUUCAUCGACUGGUGUCAACCGGAACUGGAUUUCGGUGGCAAUGACUUCCCGACCGAUCAACAGAUGGGCGCAGACUUUGCCGACUAUUUCAUCGACUGGUGUCAACCGGAACUGGAUUUCGGUGGCAAUCACUUCCCGACCGAUCAACAGAUGUAUGCCUUUAUCGACGCCUACAUCUCAGAAAUGAGUGCACUUUCGGGCGAUUCCUAUACUAAACGUGUAGUGAAUUCACGCGAAACACUGGUAAUGGAGGCAAAAAUAGGAAUCGAUGAAAACCCGGAGUAUUUGCUAAAAGCAGAGGCCAACAAUGUAUCGGUUGAGGAUCGGCUAAAAGUGUAUGAAUUAUGUAAAACACAUUUAGGCGGCCAUUGGAGUGAUGUUAGUGCCGACCAACUAGUCAUCAAACCCACGACGUAA